GUCAGAUCUGUUUUCAACUAAAUGUAUCUUCAUUUCAAAAGCCUCAGUCUGACGUGAUUAAAUCUUUUAACAGGAAUCUGGAUACUGUGUACAGAACAAAAAUGAAACCUAAAGUCUUUUCUCUGCAGAUGGGAGAAGGGCAGAAAAUUAGCUGCUUCUUGUCCUUGUUGAUUUUUUGUGCCUUACACCUUAUCUACAUCAAGUACAGUGACAUCACUGAACGUUUAAGUGUCCCAGCUCCUUUAGUUGAUAUUAGGACAGUUCACAAGUACAAAAUUGACUGCUCAGCCAUAUAUAACAUGAUCCCAGAGGAAGUAGGUAAAUCUCUCAUCAUCAGGCAGAAACACAUUGUAAAGGACAACGAUGAAAAUCUGCUCAAACUCACCUCCAACUGCUCAUUAUACCGAAAGGUCAGAGGUUAUGAUGACGUCUGUAUCUUAGACGAAGAGAAAGACUUUCCCAUCGCUUACUCUCUGGUUGUACAUAAACAUCCAUGGAUGGUAGAGAGACUGAUCAGAGCGACGUACUCACCUAGUAACAUCUACUGCAUCCACUACGAUCUGAAGUCUUCAGCUCAGUUCAAAGCAGCUAUGGAAGGUCUGGCUCACUGUUUGCCCAACGUCUUCAUUGCCUCCAAGCUGGAGAAUGUCAUUUAUGCAGGUUUCACUCGGUUAAAAGCCGAUUUGAACUGUCUGUCAGACCUUUUGCAGUCAGAAGUGAAGUGGAAGUACGUCAUCAACCUGUGUGGUCAAGAUUUUCCACUCAGACCCAACGUUGAGCUGGUGUCAGAACUAAAGACGCUGAACGGUGCUAAUAUGCUGGAGACCUGCCAGCCCACUGUGCACAAAAGAGGAAGGUUCUCCAAGACCCCACCACCACACAACAUAGAGAUGUUCACUGGCAGCGCCUAUUUUGUCCUGUCACGAGACUUUGUUGUUUUCAUGAACUCCUCAGCUGUAGUCAAAGACUUUUUGGCUUGGACUAAGGGCACCUACUCCCCAGAUGAACACUUCUGGGCCACCAUUGUCCGACUGCCUGGCGUACCUGGAGAGGUGCCCAGAUCUCACCCUGACAUCACCGACCUGAUGAGCAAGACCAGGCUGGUGAAGUGGUCGUACCUGGAGGGCAGCCUUUACCCUUACUGCACAGGAGUGCAUGUACGUGCUGUCUGCAAUUAUGGUGCAGCAGAGAUUCAUUGGUUACUCAGCCAUGGUCACUGGUUCGCUAACAAGUUUGACACCAAUGUGGACCCUAUUGCUGUUCAGUGUCUUGAGGAAAAGCUGGAAGAAAGAAAAAUCCUUUUCCAGUCAGAAGACUCCCUGGAGUGUUUCAAUGGUUGAUGAUGUUCAGUUCUGGAUGGUUUAAGACUUUUUAUCAUCUUUGAUCUUUUGAAGAUUGUUACUUCAGUUAUACUGUAUGUUGCUAUCGGUGCUGUGUGUGACAUGGUUUUGUUACGUCAUUUGACACCUGACAUAUUUGAUCAGUAUGAAUAACAUUUAAUUGAAAUCUAGUUGUGUGAAAUGAGAGAGACAAUUUUUACCCAGGGACGAGUUCAGAUGUUCAAUACACAUUGUAUCAUUACAGCUACAUGAAGUUUAUGUCACAGAUGCAUGCUUUUACAUUAUGCCCAUUCAAAAUAAUUCUUGUUAUACUGUAUGUAUUUUUUCAAUCUAUUCCUGACAGUUGUAUGCAAUCGUGUCUACUGACAAAAUGGCUGCUUCGCCAGCAAUUCAUUACCUUGGCAGACUGUUGUUAGGUGGCAUCAUCUAAAAUUAUUUUAUUUGUUUCACACAGCUAACAUCCCAAACAUUAAACACAGAGAUGGUG